AUGACACUGAACGACAUCAAAGCCAUCGUCGAAGCCGAGACCAAUGUCCCUCCCGAGGCACAGCAUUUUCUCAAAGAUGGACGUCCCGUAAUCGAUACAUCGCAAAGUCUUGCGGCGUUGGGUGUGCAAGAGGGAGAUGUUGUGGCCAUGGCCAUACAAACAGCAAGAUCCAGCCGGCAGUCGGCGCAAGAUCCCAGAAGUAGACAACCUGUUCAGAGGACAACCGGUGCAAACGAUCCGGAGUCGCUGAGGCUGAGGAUCCUAGGAGACCCAAAUCUGCUAGCUGAGUGUCAACGUCAAGAUCCAGAACUGGCGGAUGCGAGCUCGAGCCGAGAGACUUUUCACAACCUCUGGAACACCAGACAGCGUCAACACGAGCAAUCACAGCGAGAGAAACAAGAGCAAAUUGCACUCCUAGAAGCAGAUCCAUUCAACGUGGAGGCUCAACAGAAGAUCGAGGAGAUGAUCCGUCAAGAGCGGGUAUCAGAAAAUAUUCAAAAGGCCAUGGAAGAGAAUCCCGAAUCCUUUGGCAGAGUGACGAUGUUGUACAUCGACGUGACCGUUAACAACGUUCCAAUCAAAGCAUUUGUUGACUCGGGCGCCCAAACCACCAUCAUGUCCCCGGAAGCAGCAGAACGAUGUGGCAUUCUACGUUUGAUAGACAAGCGCUAUGGAGGAGUUGCAAGAGGUGUCGGAACUGCCACAAUUCUUGGACGCGUCCAUUCAGCAGAUAUCCAGAUCGGGCAGUACAAUUUGGCAAGCAGCUUUACCGUGAUGGAGGGCAAGGAUGUGGACCUACUCCUGGGGCUAGACAUGUUGAAGCGUCAUCAGAUGUGCAUUGACCUACAGAAGAGUGUGCUCCGAGUACAAACAGAUGAGAUACCGUUCCUGCCGGAGAAUGAAAUCCCGAAGAUGAUGGACGAGAUCCUCGGAAGCGAACCCAAAGUUGAAGGUCCCGGUGGUAGCACUAUAGGUGCAACUACCGGAACUCUCGAACCGCCUGCAGAGACAUCAUCUAAGGGUAAAGAGACGCGGACGCCCGAAGCCAGCAUCAGUCAGGCAUCUGCCCCAUCACAGCCCGGACCUAACACUAGCAACUUUGGUCCGUCUCAGCCCAUCACCGCCGAAUCAGUGGCGAAGAUCACAGAACUCGGAUUCUCGCGCGAAGAAGCGAUCGCCGCCCUCAGGCAGGUCGACGGCAAUGUCGAGUUGGCAAUUGGGCUUCUUUUGUAA